UCCUUGGGUAAACCCUGGAGCCCACCUCCCCACUCGUACUUAUUUAACGCCCGGACCUUCUUCCACACCACGGCCGCGGCCUCUUCCCCAGACCUGCCCCACUGCAGUGGAGGGCAUCUCAGGCUCCGGAGCCUCAUCACGCUUCUCCUGCAAAACCGCUUCUAAGAGCAGCUGACGUCCCACGACGGAGCUUUCUGCAGGCCCAGCCAUCUGUCACCUGCCUCACUUCCUGGUGAUAGUCCCUGGGUUAUGCCACAGAAGGACUGCUGGGUUUGGGAGAUGCUGGGGUGCUCUGAGCCACAGGCCUGCCUGCUGUGAUGGUCUUUUGGAGGCCCUAGAACCCCAGGUGAUUGAAGAGAGACUCGCCUUUCUGCCCCAGACUGGAAGCAGAGGAGCCACCACUGACCUGGGAAGGGUUGGACAUGUCUGAGGCACUGUCCUGCCCCAGCAACGAGACCCCUACCCCUGGUUGUCACCUGAAGACCCUGUACUGGGCCUGUGCCCACAAUGACCCCGACGAGCUCCAAGCCAGGCUGGAUGUCGGGGUCUCCCCAGAGGAGGUUUCCCAAGUGGACAGCAAUGGGAGGACAGGCCUCAUGGUGGCAUGCUACCGUGGCUUUGGUGCCAUUGUGGUUCUGCUCAGCUGCUGUCCUUUCCUGGAUGUGAACCAGCAGGACAAAGAUGGAAACACAGCCCUCAUGCUGGCCGCUCAAGCAGGUCACACAUCCCUGGUGACUCUCCUGCUCAACUACUUUGCUGGCCUGGACCUGGAGCGCAGGGACCAGCGGGGACUCACAGCUCUGAUGAAGGCUGCCAUUCGUGACCGCUCUGAGUGUGUGGUGGCCCUCCUCAUGGCGGGUGCUGACCUGAGCUCCGUGGAUCCCGUCCGGGGCAAGACAGCCUUGGAGUGGGCUGUUCUGACGGACAGCUUUGACACCGUGCGGAAGAUCCGGCAGCUGCUGAGACGACCCCAGGCAGAGCAGCUCAGCCUGCAGUACCAGCCAGAGUGGCCAGCCUUGGCCCAGCUCGUGGCCCGGGCCCAGGCCCAGGCUACCCCAUCCCUCUUAGAAAAGCUGCAAGCUACCCUGAGCCUCUCUUUUGCUGAGUCUCCUCAGGAGGGGGGUGUUCUGGACCACUUUGUGACGGUCACCACCAGCUUGGCCAGCCCCUUCCUCACCACGGCCUGCCACACACUGUGCCCCGAUCACCCACCCAUGCUGGGCACUCGAGGCAAGUCAGUGCCUGAGCUGUUGGGCACCGCCCCUCCCCCUCCCCCAGCACCCCACCCUCCUCUGGCUGUCCCCGUCCCCCAGGUCUUCGUCCCCUACCAGAGCCCUCGGAGUGUGCUCUCCCAGUGGUUACAGUCCAGGGACAGUACAGGUGCCAGGUCCCAAAUCCCCAAGAUCCUCCUCUCCAAGGCGCCCUCUUCCCCUACCCAGUACGAAGAGUUGAUACUCAGGCCUGCAGGGCAGCGAAGUCUGGCUCUUCCUCUCUGGAGAUACCAGGAGAGGAAGAAGCAGGAAGAUGAAGCUAAGAACCAUGGGGAGGUGGGCUAGGCCAAGCUAGAGGCGAGUAAGACACGUUCCUGUCUGGGGCUUCUUCUGCUUCCCAGCUGCCUCUGUCCUGAGGAACCUGCUUCCGCUGACCGUACAAGGUUGCCCACAGUAGUGUCU